CCCUGGUCCAGCUGCGGCAACUGGUGGAACACGGCGUGCUGCAACGUCACGGCCCAGAACGGAUCGUGCACGCCCGUCGAAGAGUAUUGGUACAGGAGGGUGUUGCAGCAGACGGAUGACAUCUGGGAGGCGGGGGGCGUGCAGUGGGAGAUCGUUGGAUUCACGGCCCUGGCGUGGUUCCUCACUUAUCUCAUCAUCUGGAGGGGACUUCACAACAGCGGGAAGGUGAUCUGGUUCACCGCCUUGUUUCCCUACGUGGUGCUGUCGGUGCUCCUCGUGAGGGCCGUGACGCUGCCCGGCGCGGGGCGUGGGUUGCUCUACUACGUGACGCCGCAGUGGGAGAAGCUGACGAAGCCGACGCCGUGGAUCGACGCGGGGUCGCAGGUCUUUUAUUCCUACGGCCUGGCCAUGGGGACGCUCUUUGCGCUCGGGUCCUACAACAAGUAUAAUCAUAAUUGUUUGAGGGAAAACGAGCGAAUUCUCCCCCUCAAAAAGAGGAAAUCCCUCACAUCUCAUGAGAGUCCGGAGACUUGUCAGGUGGACAAGAAGGCGGUCAGAGGCGUUUCGGGUGGGCCAGAAGGCGGUCGGAAGUCCUUGUUGACGAACUUCAGAUUCAGCGGAAGAGAAUUCCGAGAGAGCCUCACAAAUCCUUUC